CCGGGAAGGUAGAUGACAUGAUCUUAUUCAGAGAGUUGAAUUUUGCCCGCGUUACAGAAUGGAAUGAAGAUGAGCUGAUGAAUUCUGAUGAAUUAAGAAUCAUAUUGGCCUCUAUAUAUGCAUGCCCAUUGCUGUCAACUUCAAAAGUGAGAUUGCAUGAAUUGCAAGUUUGCAAGGCAACGUAAAAAGUGGUCUCUAACCAUUUUUUUUUCAGGGAUGUAGAAUUAACAGACCCGGGAUUCCACUUCUUUAGGUUUUGUUUGUCUUUGGAGGAAGGAUAAAGAGUACAAGGAAUUUAUCAAGAGCAUAAGUGUAGGGAUAUAGAGAAUUGUGUGUGUGAGAGAGAGAGAGAGAUCAAAUGGGUUCUGUGUGGCGUCUCAUUGUUCAUGUGUAUUUCAUAGUAUCAUUAUUUGUCUCCUCUGCUCUAGCAGAAGAUCCAUAUAAAUACUUUACAUGGAAUGUUACAUAUGGUACCAUAUGGCCUCUUGGUGUCCCUCAGGAGGCAAUUCUAAUCAAUGGUCAGUUUCCUGGACCUGAGAUUGACAGUGUAACAAAUGAUAAUAUUAUUAUCAAUGUAUACAACAACUUAAAGAAUCCUUUCCUAUUGUCAUGGAACGGAAUACAACAGAGGAGAAACUCCUGGCAAGAUGGAGUUUCUGGAACCAACUGCCCCAUACGACCUGGGAAAAAUUUUACGUACAAGUUCCAGAUGAAGGAUCAGAUAGGCAGCUAUUUCUAUUUCCCCUCAGAGUACUUUCACAAGGCAGCAGGAGGAUUUGGAGGCAUUAAAAUUGUUAGCAGGCCCAGAAUCCCCGUUCCAUUCCCUGAUCCUGAUGGUGAUGUUACCCUGUUGAUAGGUGACUGGUACAAGACCAAUCAUGUUUAUCUUAGGAGAACACUUGACUAUGGUAGAUCUCUGCCUAAUCCUGAUGGUGUUCUCAUCAAUGGCCAAGGCCCUAAUGGGUAUUCACUGACAGUAGAUCAAGGAAAAACAUAUAGACUGCGGAUAUCAAAUGUGGGAUUGUCAUCUUCUUUGAAUUUCAGGAUUGAGGGUCACAAAAUGAAGCUUGUUGAAGUAGAGGGGUCUCACACCGUCCAAGACCUAUACGAUUCUCUAGACAUCCAUGUUGGCCAGAGCUACUCUGUUCUGGUUACUGCAGAUCAACCACCUCAGGACUACUACAUAGUUGCAUCUACUCGAUUCACUAGCACUGUUCUCAACGGUGUAGGAAUUUUCCACUACAGCAAUUCUCAGAAGGGUGUUUCUGGAUCCAUUCCGUGGGGCCCAACCAAUGAGAUUGAUUGGUCUGUUAAUCAGGCAAGAUCCAUCAGAAGGAACUUGACAGCCAGUGGACCUCGUCCCAAUCCCCAAGGAUCAUACCAUUAUGGAAACAUCACCAUUGAUAGAACUUUCAAGCUUGAAAAUUCUGCUCCCCUCAUCAAUGGGAAACAACAUUAUGCUGUGAAUGGCAUUUCCUUCUUGCGCCCUGGAACACCAAUCAAGCUUGCAGAUUACUUCAACAUUGGUGGAAUAUACACUUCAGAUGGCAUUCCUAACAGCCCAGAUAAAAGAACUCCUUAUAUGCAGACUGCUGUGAUAUCUGGAGAGUACAGGUCUUUCAUUGAGAUUGCAUUCCAGAACAAUGAGGAUACCAUCCAAUCAUGGCAUUUGGACGGAUACUCCUUCUUUGUAGUAGGAUUCGGAGGAGGAGAAUGGAUACCUGAAAGCAGGAAGGACUACAAUCUGUUCGAUGCAGUUUCUCGCUGCACAACACAGGUAUAUCCAAAUUCAUGGACUGCAGUUUUUGUAAUGAUAGACAAUGCAGGAAUAUGGAACCUGAGGUCAGAAACAUGGGAAAGGCAGUACCUUGGGCAGCAAACAUACCUGAGGGUUGUAUCACCUGAGAAUGAGUAUCCCAUCUCUCCCAAUGCUCUGCUCUGUGGUCAAGCUAAAGGCCACCCGCGCACACCACUUCCUUGACAGAAUUUUUUGAGCAAUUCUUCUUAUUGUUCACUGAUUAACUCCUUAAUUUUACUUUCUCUGGAUUGUCAUCAAAUUUUACUAUUGGCCCUAUCUGAAUAAGACUUUCCCUUUGUACCA